UAAUGCUCCAAAAAUAUUUCCCUGAGAGCGGUGGUGAAAUUUACUUCCGAUUUGGGCGUGAAAAGAAGUGGGAGAGGAGUUCGACGCCGAAGUUGCUCCUUUGAUACUGUCUCACACUAAGAACAGCAAAUGUCGACCAUGAAAAUGAAGUUGCUCACAGCAAGAUCACUGUCUUCUCAGUCCCCCUUGAAACUGAAGCAAUCAUCUUUAGUUCUUUUAAAACUAUCCUAUUCUUCCAACCCUUAUUCUUCUUUCUCCUCUUUUGGAGAAACAGAGAGGCCAACUGAGACGGAAAGCAACGACGUCCUCACUUCAGGAAUCAGCAGGCCACUAUCGGAAGUUCUCAAAGAACUCAACAAAAGGGUCCCCGAUUCCGUCGUAAGGGAACGCCGUGAGGAUGGCUUCUCUGUCAAGUACAUCCCCUGGCAUAUGGUCAACAGGAUAAUGAACUUGCACGCUCCAGAAUGGUCUGGUGAGGUUCGGAACAUAACUUAUUCUGCUGAUGGCAAGUCUGUGUCUGUUGUUUAUCGUGUGACACUAUAUGGGACUGAUGCUGAGAUAUAUAGGGAAUCGAUUGGGACUGCUUCCAUGGACGAUGUAGGUUUUGGAGAUCCUGUACAAAAGGCAGAAGCAAUGGCAUUCCGUCGAGCCUGUGCACGCUUUGGGCUUGGUCUUCAUCUUUAUCAUGAAGAUAUGUCUUAGCGAAACAAUGGCCAAUGGUGGGGAUUUUGUGGUUGAAGUUUCUUUUGCCUUUUGAGGCCAAAAAUUGUAGUAUUACUCAGCUUGUGGCAAAUCUUACCAUUACUGUGCAAGUAGCUUUAUGCCUCUAUCUGUAUCUGGAUUGGUAUUGGAAGAGCAUGACUGGAAUAUUUCUGCACCAUAAAUUUGUUAGAUCCUUGAUUCCUUGAUCAAAAGAGAAAAACCAAGCAAAUACAUAGUCAUUUGGGUGUC